UAACACUUUUCACACUAAGCUCCACACACACACUACUUUCACUGAAAGCUCAGCAAACCAUUGGAGCAGAACAUCUCUGGAUUUCUAAUCUAUAUAAUUCACUUGCAGUCUAUUAAGUAUGGCAAUUUUACCCAAAGCUCUCAUUCUGCUGCAGCUUGCAGUAGUUUGUAUCCAGUUAAGUGGAGUUUUAGCUCAAACGGUACCUGACAGGUGCUGGUGUUUGAAUACUUUGAAGAAGCGUGUCUCAAAAGAGGAUGUUGAGGAAUUCUCAAUUUUUCCUCAAAGAGCACGCUGCAACAAUAUUGAAAUAAUAUUGACACUAAAACCUGCGAAUACUACUACCACAACUGAAAAAAUCCAACGCUGUUUGAGUCCAGAGACCAAGCAGGGCAUUAACUUGCAUAAUUGCUGGCAAAGGAAAAACACAAAUAGCACCAGGAGCACAGUUAAGAUGUCUGAGUGUUUCUGAAGGCAUAAAUGAAAGUGCACAGAAGAAUGAAAGACAGAGGGGGGAUUUAGAAACUCUAGAAUCCCUGUGAGAGAAAUGUCAUCAUGUCACAUGACCUGGCACAGUCCAAUCAGAAUCCUGGGAUCAGAGUUUUGGACUCAUGCAGCUGAAGGGAAAUCACAGGAGACCCAUAAAGCUCCAGGAGCACUGCCAGUAACUGCCAGAUGUUUUUGGCGAAAGCGUUUAAUUUAAGAUUUAAUUGCAAUGAGACUGAAGCACUGAAUGUAUCAUGAUUUUUACAGUAUGUUAAGCAGUAUUUAAAUGACUAUUUAAACUAUAUCAAAUUGUUUAUCUUAUUUUAUAAUGUAAACUAAAAAAGUUAACGUGUGCAUUUGAUAUUUGCUAUUUCUGCCUGAUCUGACUCUUAACAAUGACUUACAUGUCUAUAAAUGACUUGUUUGAAUUGAUAAAAGCAUAAAAUAUGUACAAAAAAAGGUAAAGUAUCUAAAAAGAGUACAUUUUAUAGGUUAAUGGACAAAAAUAUUUUUACAGUGUAGUUUUUUACUGUUUUGUAAUUGUGUAAUAAACUUUAUAAAACCAUA